GCCGUGGCGAUGCUCUGCAGCUUCCUGCUCGGUUUGGGCGACAGCUGCUUCAACACGCAGCUGCUCAGCAUCGUUGGCGUCAUGUUCCGCGACAACAGUGCUCCCGCCUUCGCCGUCUUCAAGUUCAUCCAGUCCAUCAUGGCCGCUCUAGCCUUCUUCUACAGUAACUACCUGCUGCUGCACUGGCAGCUGCUCAUCCUGGUCCUGUCGGGUUUUCUGGGCUCGAUGACGUUCUUCAUGGCCGAGUGGAUGGCCGAGUCCAACAGGCGGGAAUCGGACUACGACAGCAUCUGAUCGGCUUCCGGUGAGGAUGAGGAGAGCGCAGCUGAAAGGUUUCGCUCCCUGCAGCCGGGGACGAUGAAGGUAUCCUCACACAGACACUGUUUGGUUUUUACAGAGCCUGUCGACGGCGGCGGCUGAAAAACCAAACAUUCCUCUCAACAUUUAUCUGAACUGAAUCAAACGACGUGUGUGCACCCCAGAUGUUUCUCAUCAAGUUUCAUCGCUGGCUUUUCUUUUCCUGGACAGUUUAAAAAUGAAUGUGGGUAAAAUAUGAAAAUAUACUUGGCAUGACGGGGAGAGGUUUGUUUAUCAAGUAUCCAGCACUUUGAACUGGGGCGUGUGUCGGCACUGACCGGGCCUGAGGAGUAACACUGACCUUGAAUCAGCUGCAGGUGAAUGUUUCUCACCUGCAGCUGCUCUGAACUGACAAGUGGUGUUUUUCUAUAAUUUUCUCUUUCUCAACAAAUCCCAUGAAAAGAGCGAAACCAAAACUGAAUGUGUCGCAGGAUCACGUUUCACAGCCCGAUUCCUCCGACCCACAGAAAUCCAUCGACUCCCAACGCUUCUGAAAACACGUCAGAGAGCUUCGCUGUUACACUGGUGACAUCAUCAGGACGAACACACGCACUCCGUGUAUUCUGACGCAACAAAUACAAGAAUUAAACUAAAUACCUGGGAGGUGUUUUUGCAAAUUAAACAAGAAUGGAGAACAAAUACAUUCAACAAGAAAGUUCAAGAAAGUUGAACAUCCUGGAUUUUGCUCGUUUAUCCAGAUCUGCAUCAAAACCUUCGGUGGUUAAUGUCUCACUCCUCCGCACAAAUUCAUGGAAAUGGUUUGAGUAGAUUUUGAGGUUUCCUCCGGACACUUCCUCCUCAGUGGAGGUAACCGGUGACCUCAGAGCGUCAACAAAGAUGGACGACGCGUUUCCACUUCCUCCCUUUGUACAAAAACGAAGCUUGAAUGUUCCGUGAACAAGCGUCUCCAUCUUGUGAUGUCAUUCAGAGUCCGAGAACUUUCUCAAGUGACAGAAAACGUCUUUCACAAACAUUUCAUGUCUGGUUUGGUCCAUGUCCCGUCUGCUAACAUGGAGGAGGCAGGGUCAUGAUUGAGAUACGUCGGAGCUGUCGUCCAUGUUUGUUUAGAGUCUGGUUUCACUGAACUCGUUCUUUUUAGUUUUUUUCUCUUUCAUGGGAUUUAUUAAAAGUUCAAAAUAGAAUAAUUCCUGAUCUUCACAAAAACAUGACGCGUGUUCAAAUCCCGCUCCGUACGUCUGACGCGACAUUCUUCUUCCCUCUGAAGCAAAAGAGACUCAAAGACUAAGAUUCAGUCCUCGUGAGGCUGCCGUGUUUCUGCCGUCUGUCCUUCCUGUCACAGAAAUCACAGUUCCAGUGUAACUUGAACGACAGACAACGGUUUAUGAUGAUUUCAGCCUGAGGAGCAGUUUAAAGGGAAACACCGUCAACAAACUGAACCUUUAGUGUGAAAUCCAUUUUCACCUCUUUUGUUCUGCAGUUUUUCGUGUUUCACUGCAACAUCAUUGGUUUAGUUUGGUUUGGUGAAAAGAUCGUGUGUGGGUCGAACACGUUCAUGAUCACAACACGACAAAUCUUCCUGAAGCGAGUCGUCACACAACCUCAGCUUUUAUCUUGAUGUUUUAGUUCACACGAUGUUCACAGAGCUGCUGACGCAGAUUCAGUCUUUUCUUUUAAAUCACCAGCGUUGUACAAACAUCCCCCCCCACCCUCUGUCCUUUCACACGUCCUCUUAUCUAAUGUUGUGGUGGAAAAAACAACCGAUGCUGUAGUUUUGUUGCUCUUUUCUUUAAAAUGUCUGAAUGACAGCACACUGUGGGUAAUUGAGUCAAAUAAAACACCGGGCUGUGGGUUUGCUCACGUUUUAUUUGACGUCCAAAAUCAAAUCUCAAGGAUAUUAAGGGAACUGCAUGUGAAGAUGAUUUUAUACUUGAAUGUAAUAAUUACGAAUGACUCCCCAACCUUCGCUUGCUUGUUUUUAUUAUCAAUAAAAUGUUAUUUUGAACAUAAA